GUUGAUUUCUGAGCUUAAAAAAGAGUACAAACAGUACCUUGCUCUUUUUUUUUUUCUCUUUUUUUACUUUAAGAGUUCAAUAUGGCUCAACCUGUAGCUAGAAAGUUGCUUGUAGUUGGUGGUUCUGGCUUUCUUGGUUCAAAUAUCUGUAGACUUGCAGCCAACAAGGGUUGGGAAACUGUCAGUUUAAGCCGAAGAGGAGAGCCUGAAUUAUUUCAACAGUAUGGAAAGCCUGAUUGGGCUCAACAGGUUCAAUGGGCUUCUGGAAAUUCACUUCAACCCGAGACCUACAAAGAUGCAUUAGAAGGUGUGACUGAUGUAGUUCAUACCGUUGGUAUUUUAAUGGAAAACGACUACAAGUCAGUUGCUCAAGCGCAAUCCCUAUGUGAAGUAGCUAGUGGUAUUCCAAAGCUUGUGCUCGGAAUGAAGGAUUAUGGUAACCCUCUUGAUCCCAACUUGAAAGAUAAUCCUAGACCUACUUAUGAAACGAUGAACAGAGAUACAGCUAUAACCGUUGCUGAUCAAGUAGCCAAGCUGCCUUCUAUCAAAUCAUUCACUUAUAUCUCUGCUUCUGAUGUAUUCCCAUUGAUUGAUCCACGUUACAUUACUACAAAAAGACAAGCAGAAACCUACUUAUUUAGACACAAUGAAUUCAAGACAAUUGUAUUGAGACCAGGCUUCAUGUACAAUGAGCACAGACCUGCUGCUAUGCCUAUUGCUGGUGCACUUCAAUUCAUCAAUGCUGUUUCUAGUCCAUUCAAGCAAGGUCUGGCCAGUUUACCAGGAGGAAAAAUGAUUACUACUCCUCCUCUUGAAACUCAAGAAGUAGCAAGAGCAGUGAUUGCUGGUAUUGAGAGUGAAGAAAAUGGCAUUUUUGAUGUAGAAGGAAUCGAAAACCUGAGCCGCAUUACUAUUUAAAGUUUAGUGCAAGGCGUGUGUGUGUGUGUAAAUAAAUCAAAGUUGCAUAAAAAAUAUUUUCCUCC